GUAGUGAUUCAGCGACGAACACUGACACUGUUGACGUAAACACAGCGUGAAGUGUAGAAGAACUUGUUCUUGUCACCAUGUUUCAUGGAAUACCUGCUUCAGGAGGGAUGGGAGGAGCUCCAGCCAAUAAGCCUGAAUUAUAUGAGGAAGUGAAGCUGUACAAAAAUGCCCGGGAACGGGAAAAGUAUGACAACAUGGCGGAGCUGUUUGCUGUGGUAAAGACACUCCAAGCGUUAGAGAAAGCCUAUAUUAAGGACUGCGUGACUCCCAAUGAAUACACAGGCGCCUGCUCCAGAUUGCUUGUGCAGUACAAGGCUGCUUUCAAACAGGUCCAGGGUUCAGAUGUUGGUUCGAUUGAUGACUUUUGUAGGAAAUACAGGCUCGACUGUCCACUGGCGAUGGAGAGAAUAAAAGAAGACCGCCCAAUUACCAUAAAGGAUGACAAGGGCAACCUGAAUCGCUGCAUUGCGGACAUUGUAUCUCUCUUCAUCACCGUCAUGGACAAACUGAGGCUGGAGAUUCGAGCCAUGGAUGAGAUCCAGCCAGACCUUCGGGAACUGAUGGAGACGAUGAACAGAGUGAGCAACAUGCCACCAGAUUCAGAGGCUAAAGACAAAGUCAAUCUUUGGUUGACCACGCUGAGCAGCAUGUCUGCCUCUGAUGAGCUGGAUGAUUCACAAGUCCGCCAGAUGCUUUUUGACCUGGAGGCUGCCUAUAAUGCCUUCAACCGGUUCUUACACUCGUCCUAAACGACAUUCUUCCACCAGAACUCGCUUUGUAACCGCCCGCUCCUCUGUAAACGAGUUCCCUUUGCUCUUAAACAGAAUCCUGUCCUUCGAUACAGAACUCUGGUGUUUGGGACUAUAGUGACUCCCUGUGAUAAAGAUGUGGUGUGGAAUAUCUCUGUCUAUUGAUAUUACUGUCCACCUCUUAGUUUCAUACCUCUAACGUAUAUAGUUAAAUUUAACAAACGACUAUUUCUUUAUAGCCCUGUUCCAUAUCUUCUAGCUUCCUGCACCCUCUUGACAGAAGCCCUGUAUAUUCAUAUGUUUUUGAGUGGUUAGUGGUCAUGUAAUAAACAUGCACAGGAGAUUUUUAUCAA